AUGAUAAAAUCACCAUUUCCAUAUUUUACUCUUGGAAUAAUUGUACGUGGUUUUGGACGUGGUAGUAAAGAACUUGGUUGUCCAACAGCUAAUUUAGAUGAAACUACAGUUGAAAAAUUACCAUCAUCAAUUGAUGAAGGAGUUUAUUAUGGAUGGGCACAAUUAUUAACAAAAAAUAAUAGUAAUAAACUUUAUAAAAUGGUAGCUAGUGUAGGAAGAAAUCCAUUUUAUAAUGUUAAAACAAAGACAUUAGAAACACAUCUAAUGCAUGAAUUUAAACAUGAUUUGUAUGGUGAAAAAUUAAAAAUUGUUCUUCUUGGUGAAAUACGUAAAAUGACAACAUUUAGAAAUACCAAUGAACUGGUUAUGGCUAUUCGAAAUGAUAUUUCUAAAGCUCAUCAUGAACUUGAUUCUGAUCAAUGUCGUCAAUAUUUAAAUCAUCCAUUUUUUUACUAA